UACAAGGUAAUAGAUUACGCCUUUUCAAAAAAUCAAUGACCUAUAUAUCUUUGUACACCUUAUCAGUAUUUUAGAAAAGUCACACAUGUGACUAACUACUGCGGCUGAUAACUUGAGAUAAAACUGCACGUGAUGGUAAUUUUACAGUAAAUAUAAUAAAUAGAAUAUUUAACUUUGCCAAAAUUAAAACCACACAUACUUAGGAAAGGUUCGUAAACACGCUACGGAAUUAAAAAUAUAAAAGAACAGCCAUGGAUCCUCAUUUUAGUGCCCAGGAUGUACCCCGAUGUUACCUUUGUGAGACGGCCAUAGUACAUAGCUACUGUGACCUUUGUCAUUUCAACCUUUGUAAGCCCUGUGUAGUAGAUCACAUCUCAGAUGAAGAAAAACAUAAAAUAGUUCCUUUCAAGCAACGGAAUCCAACAUCGACUUAUCCAAAAGGCGAGACACGUCAAGAACAUGAUGCUAAAGCAUUGUCCUCACCGCCUACAUCAGGUAAGAUAGUCCGUCUGAAUGUUGGUGGGCAUUUGUACACAACAACAAUGUCAACACUAAGCAGAUAUCCUUCAGCUGCUUUGCAGAACAGUUUGCAAAAUUAUGAUAGAGAGGGAAAUGUGUUCAUUGACCGCGAUGGAAAAAUGUUUGAGUACAUACUUGGCUUUCUGAGAACUAAAAAACUUUGUUUACCAAGUAACUUUUGCGACUUCGAGUCAUUGACCACUGAGGUAAAUUAUUAUGACAUUCCCAGCUUAUCUUCGUGUCUUACAAAAGCAAAACAAGAGAAGUUGACAGUACAGUUUAUUGAGGUUUUGGAAACAAACUUGUACGGAUUCGAGAGAACAAUUUUGAAAGGGAAAGCAAAACACUUAAAGACGAUAUUGCAUCUAGGAAAGUUUGACUGUCCAAAGAAUUUAGAAAAGUUAUCUGAAGAAGAAUCUGAAGUCCUCUUAAAGAAAAAAGUCAGAAUUCAGCUGGCAGAAAUCCUAAGUAGAAACGAAUGGACACUCAUAUCGUCUGACUUUUCAUUUCAUCCUUCUUUUAGUGAAAGGUUUAUUAGCAAGUAAAUUGCACCAUGCAACGGUAAUUGGAUCUUACCCGUGACAGGGUGAACAAAAAGCAUUCAUAGAUUGGGCUGAUGAAUAGAGACUUUUAUUUUUGAUUUGAUCUUUUAUUCAUUUGUCAAUUUUAUGUUAAACUCUCUGUUCAUUUAUAUAUUUUGAUAUAUUAUUAAAAGUUUUCAAAUACA